ACAAACUCACAAAUACCUAUCCAAUUCCAUCUAACCCCUAUCCAACUUCUUUUCUUAAAAAGAUAAACUAAACUAUUAAGUUGACAAUAGCUCGCCACAUGUCGACAUCCCAGUUGGCCAAGUCAUGUCACUUCUCCAGCCUACUCAAACUGCCGUAUGGCCACAAGCAUUUUGCCACAUUGUUAAAUAAUUUAAAGAGAAAAAGUAAGGCUAACUAUGCUCCACCAACACAAAAUUAGUAUAUAUUAUAUAUGCUAUCUUUGUUCUGUUGCACCUUCUAACAAACCAAAAGCACUUUUUUCUAAAUUCUCAUACUUCUAAAUAUCAAAUUUCUUCUUUUCAAAUGGAUUGGAUCAGAGGCCAUACCGUAGGCCACGGCUCGUCUGCUGCGGUCUCGGUUGCCAAAUCAAUUUUGUCAGGUGAUGUUUUUGCUGUUAAGUCAGUGGAGCUAUCAAAGUCACAGUUAUUGCAAAAGGAGCAGAAAAUUCUGUCCGAAUUGAGCUCCCCUUAUGUAGUUAGGUACAAGGGGUAUGAUGUUACCAAAGAGAAGGAUAAACUCAUGUUUAAUCUUAGGAUGGAGUAUAUGCCGGACGGUACGCUUUCCGAUGAAAUUCGAAAACAGGGUGGCCGGAUUAACGAACCAUUGAUCGGGUAUUAUACGAAGCAAAUUGUACAAGGAUUAGAGUACUUACAUUCAAGAGGCGUAGCACACUGUGACGUAAAGGGGCAAAACAUUUUGUUAGGUGAAUCCGGUGCCAAAAUUGCUGAUUUUGGAUGUGCCAGGUGGAUUGAUCCGGCGGAGAGGGGCGGUGAUGCAGAGGCAAUUGGAGGAACGCCGAUGUUCAUGGCACCAGAGGUGGCGCGUGGGGAAGACCAGGGGUGUCCAGCAGAUAUAUGGGAAUUGGGAUGUACAAUUAUUGAAAUGGCAACCGGUGGAUCGCCAUGGAAUAAUGUGACAAAUGCAGCUUCAUUACUUUACAAAAUAGCAUUUUCAGAGCAAUCCCCUGAAAUCCCUAAAUUCCUCUCUUUACAAGCAAGGGAUUUCUUAAGCAAAUGCUUGAAAAGAGAUCCGAUAGAAAGAUGGACGGCUAAACAACUACUCAAACAUCCAUUUCUAGAGGAAUCUAAUUUGAAUUGUACAUCAAUUCAACAUUUCGCAACGAGCUCCCCAACAAGCAUUCUUGAUCAAGACAUAUGGAAUUCAGUAGAGGAAUCAGAAACUACGAUAUUACGAACAAUUAGCUCUCCACUGCAAAGGGUAAGAGAAUUGGGUUCGAAUUCGAGUGAAUUAGAGCGGAUAUGGAAUGAUGAUGAGAGAUGGAUCACAAUUAGAAGCAGCAGUAGUGAAUGAGUAGCUACUACUACACAACAUACUGCUGUUGUUUUUUUUUUAUAUAGAAAUAUAAUGUAAUCUAACUCAUCCUCAAAAUAUAACUAUUCAAAAUUAUAUAAAGAAAUAAUUCAUUUCA